UUUACCAUCUCGAUUUCCUCCGCGUCGGUCGAUCUCCGCUUCGCAGUGGGCUCUGGGCGACGGCAGCGGCGUCGAGGGAGGCGCCUUCCGGCGAUCAUGGGGCCCGUCAGAGGCUUCAGGCGGAAGAAUAGGAAGAAGAGGGCUGAGAAACGCGCCGCGACCGCGGCGGACCCGCCGCCGCAGGGAAGUGGCAACUGGUGGGACGAGUUCUCGAGCAGGAUCUCAGGUUCUUCUCUUUAUGACAUGAUUAUCAAUCUUGUCUAAAGGUGAUACAUUGAAAGGACAGAGGCAUUCACCAUCUCCGAUGGCCUACCUUUCAUGAGAUAGAGUCUAUUAAGUCCAAGUUCGAGAAACUCCAUGGAAUGCCAAACUGUUGCGGUGUUAUUGACACCACCCAUAUCAUGAUGUGCCUACCGGCAAGCAAAACAUGACUCGAUUUUGAGUGAGUUGCCAGUUUUGAACAGCUCGGGCUUCUUCAAAAUGUGCGGGAAAGGUACUAGACUGAAUGGAGAAAAUUUGAAGCUUCCUGGAGGUUCGGAAGUGCAAGAGUAUGUCAUCGGGGACACAGGCUUCCCCCUUCUUCGACGGCUUCUCACACCCUAUCGAGGGAAGGAUCUUUCUCACGCUGAGGUAGAGUUCAAUAGCAGACUUACUGCAAACGGCAUCUUGGCACAGAGAGCAUUUGCAAGACUGAAAGAUAUGUGGAAGAUCAUCCAUGGGGAGAUGUGGAGGCCGGGUAGGCACAGGCUGCUGAGAAUAAUCCUCGUUUGCUGCUUGCUGCACAACAUAGCCAUAGACAUGGAAGAUGAAGUGAUCAAUACGAUGCCAUCGGUGGCGCACGAACACGAUGCAAAUUACAAACAACAAUUCUGCGACGUAACUGAUGAUAAAGGAACCACUUUGCGGGAUAGGUUGUGUGAGUAUCUCUCCGGUGGAUUGGGGUUGCCACCAUGAACUGACCAUUGAACUUGCUUCUUUCUUGUCCUGUAUUAGUGACUCUUACAAUAAAAAUUUGUUAGUAUUAGUCCUAGUAUCAAUUAUGAGAUGAUUGUAAAUGACUCAUUUUGUAUCAUAUAUCAUUAUUAAUAAAAGACAAAGUUGAUUAUUA